CCCUGGGCCGGGAAGAGCCGCCGUUCGGAGCAUGGGGAGCUGCUGGCUGAGCCUCGCCGCGCUGCUCGCCCUGGGCGCCCGGCCCAGCCUGGAGUACCAGGGAUCGGGAUACUCACCCCUUGAAGAUGACGAGGAUGUGUAUGCACGCAAUAGAUAUAAAGAAACACCGUGGUGCUCACCCAUUAAAGUGAAACACGGUUAUGCAAACUGCAGGACACCUCAAGGGGAAUAUUACAAGAAUGUAUUGGGCACAAGAUGUGAUAUUCGCUGUCAAAAAGGCUACGAACUGCAUGGCCCUCACCAGCUAAUUUGUCAGUCAAGCAAACGCUGGUCUGGGAAAGUGCUGUGCAAACAAAAGCGCUGCCCCACGCUGUCCAUGCCGACCAACGGGGGCUUCAAGUGUUUGGAUGGUGCCUACUUUGGCUCAAGGUGUGAGUAUUACUGCUCUCCAGGAUACCAGCUGAAGGGAGACCGGAUAGUGACGUGCAUGGACAACAAAGCGUGGAGUGGCCGGCCAGCAUCCUGCGUUGACACUGAACCUCCGAGAAUCCAGUGCCCAAGCGUGAAGGAGAAAACCGCGGAGCCCAACAAGUUGACAGCCAGAGUUUUCUGGGACACCCCGGAGGGACGGGACACUGCUGAUGGAAUUCUGACAGAUGUUAUUUUGAAAGGCCUGCCACCAGGGUCACAUUUUCCAGAAGGCGACCACAAAAUCCAGUAUACUGUGUAUGACAGAGCUGAAAACAAAGGAACUUGCAAAUUUCUUGUUAAAGUCAGAGUCAGGCGCUGUGUGAAAUUAAAUGCCCCAGAUAAUGGCUACAUCAAGUGUUCAGGUGAUGGAAAUAACUAUGGUGCUACAUGCGAGUUUUCCUGCAUUGGUGGCUACGAGCUGCAAGGAAGCCCAGCUAGAGUGUGCCAGUACAAUUUGGGGUGGUCAGGAGUGGAGCCAACCUGUGCACCCAUGAAUAUUAAUGUGAAUGUGAGGACUGCAGCUGCGCUUCUGGAUCAAUUUUAUGAGAAGCGGAGACUGCUAAUUAUUUCAACUCCUACUGCAGCCAACUUCUUCUACAGGAUGCAGCUGGGAAUGCUGCAGCCAGCACAGUGUGGGUUAGACCUCCGACACGUUACCGUGGUUGAACUGGUUGGUGUGUUCCCAGCUCAGAUAGGAAGAAUAGGUGUAAAGCUGCUGCCUCCAUCUCUUGCCCUGCAACUCAGGCUGCUGCUGAGGAUCCCCCAUUACAAUUUCAACAUCGUGGUGAUGGACAAGCACGGAAUGGACAAGGAACGUUAUCCUUUCCCAGCAACACCAGCUGAGCUCUUUGCCCUUAUUGACAAAUUUCCCUUGAGAAAAGAGGAGAUGAAACUGCAAGCAGAAAUUGGUCAAUCAUGUCCCUAAUUCAGGAUUUCAGGGCUUGCAAUUCUCAGUGAAUUUUUUUUAAUUCACAUAAUUCUUUCCUUGGUGCUACACAAAGCAUGGCUUUUUUAAUCACUGAUGUGAUUUUUUGUGUGUAUCAGUAAGUCUGUCCAGCCGUGUAGCUGCUCUGCAUAGAAGUAUGCAUGAUGCUUUUUUAUACUUUCAGUCAUCUUUAAAUCAUAGAAUCACAGAAUGGCUUGGGUUGGAAGGGACCUUAA